GAGCUCUCCCGUGUUUUUAGUAAGAAGAUGGCGGUAAAAUAUAAAUGAUUUGCGUAAAAUUAGUCUGGUUGCCCUAGUGAUAAUUGAGCAAAUUAUUCAAUAUGUUUCAAGAUGAUGGACAAGAUGAGUAUAUGGUGCAGCAGAAGGUCAGCUAUCGUAUGUAUGAGCAGGAACAGAAAGUAUUGCUUAGGUCCCGCUAUCCAUUUCUCUCCCCUGUACAGAUUAGCCGUAAGGUCAAGGACAGUUGGAACAGAUUGAAGCAGGAGGCUAAACAGUUCUAUACCAAAUCUGUCCUAGUAAAAACUCCAACCAAAGAUCUGACCAAGGUGACAGCAAAAUCAAAGCAAAAGAGACAGAAAGUAAGAGGCAGGCUUGAUGUUAAUCAAAGAGAAAUCUGUGAUCAAAUUGGUUGUGAAAAUGAUUCAAUGGAAUUACCCUAUCAGAUGAGCUUGCUCACUUCACCAGUUGAUGGCAGACUACAGAAUGAUGAUUCUGCGUACAGGAGUGACUUUUACAGUUCUCCAGGGGUCUCUCCCAACAUUAGUGCUGGCAUCAGGCAUGAUACAUCCUGUCCCAAAUUGUUUGAAAGUCCUAACUCAGAAUCUUCACCUCAUCAGAAGUUUGAUAUGUUCACACAGAAGAACUACACCAAAAGCAAGCUGCCUCUCAAGGCCCCAAAUAUCAUUCAGGAUGAGCAUUCUACUCAGGGUAUCCUUAAAAGAAGCAGGACUGAUGUCACUCCUAAAACAAAGGUUAAGGGGCGAGUCAGCUUCUCCACUGACAAAAAUGAGAAAUUCCAACAGAUACAGGAUUACAACGAUAUAGACAACAGCCAAGAUGACGACUCUGAAGAUGAAUACAAUGCUAUGCUUAUCAGACGUGCAGAUGACUCCUACAACUUUGAUGACAUUGAUGACCACAAUAUGAUUGUGGAGGAAGACAGACAAGGGGAGUUAAUUAGCAGUUAUCGGAAUAAACACUUCAAUGAGGAGACAAGAACAAGAGACAGAGAUGUAUUGAAGUUUGACACAAGUUUGGACAAAAGGAAGAAAAUAGUAGGCACAAAGAAAAUAAAAGAACAACCAGAUAAGACACAACUUCGAAAGGAGAGCCUCAUGGAAACAGUAGAAGGAAAGAAUAUAUUGAAACCAACAAAUUCAGGAAAUAUUAUAAGAGAAAAGAAGAAGAGAGGAGUGGCAGGAAACUGUUCAGAAAAAGCAAGAAAGCAACUACCAGUCAAUUAUGGAGACGUAAGGGGGAAGAAAGAAAAACUGCCUGAUGGAGCAAAAGGAAGGAGACGAAAUUUUUCUGAUGAGAAAACAGAAACUGAUAAUCAGUCACAUUACAGCUUACAUGAGAACAGUCCAUCAAUUGACAAAGGUCAUAAAAAUAGCCUAUUAAAUGACAGUGGUGAUGGUAACAGCCAAUCAAAUGACAGUGCUAAUGGUAACAGCCAAUCAAAUGACAGUGCUAAUAGUUACAACCAAUCCAAUGACUGUUCUAAUGACAGCAGUCAAUCAAAUUACAUUGCUAGUGACAACAGCCAAAGUUCAGUCCAUGACAUGAGGUCUCCUAUUCUGGAAUCGAGAAAGACAAGGUCCUCAAUGAGAACCAAACAAAAUAAAAAAGAGACUGAAGUCCAAUCUCUUUCCUUCACCAAGAAAGAGUCGAGAACAGGACUGAAACCUCACUCUGUUACCAUGGUAACGGAGGACUAUGACUCGACACCUGUACAGAGGGAGGAGACAAAGUAUAUCACACCACAGAUGAAUGAGAGUGUCCACACACACAACCUUCGUGAGGCAUCAAAAAUACCCAGAAAGGCACGGCGAUCCUCAUGUCGUGAGGAGGAUUUGGGUACAAAGCCGUCUGAUAACAACUUGGACAGAUCAUCCAAACUUAAAAAACAGAAGCGUAGAUCAUCCAGAAGACUUGCUGGAGAGGAAGAGGCCUAUACAGAAGAAAAAGAAUUGCAAGAUGUUUCAGAUAGAUUCAUGACAAGUGGGAAGAAAGAGGAGAAUGUGUUGCCACCAUUUGUAGAUGCUUCUGGGGAUGCAAAGGUACCUGAAAGCCCAUCAGACCAAAGGAGAUCCUUGAAGAACAAGACAAAACAGGCCAUUCAACCUUGCAAAGGAAAAUAUUACAAUUCAGCAAAGUAUUGUGACAAUGAUGAGGACAUCACAAAACUCUCUGACCACUCCGGUUCUGACUCCUGGACAAUAAUGGAUGAAGAAUAUAAUUCAGAAGUCCUUCUCUCAGAGGAUGAGAAUGACACCCAUGCUACUGGACAAUCUGAUGCAAGUAAGGCAUUAGUACAGGCAUUGCACAGGAUGAAACAGGUAUUGGCUGAUGAGGACACUUCGGAUGAAAGGUCAUCUCCAAAGCUGUUAUCACCGGCUCUCUCUGGUAUCAGCCAGAUGUCGAGUGUGUCAUCUGAUUCCUCUGCGGCAAAUUCUCAGCCUACAUCUGGACAAGGACCCAGUACACAGGGAUCGGUGUCUGCAGACAAGACUGUGACCCAGGGUCUGUGUGAUAUGUUUGGGGACAUGACUCCACCUCAAAAACGGACAUCCCGACACACCAGAAGGUUGCUGGCCAGUUCUAACAGAGAAACAGGAAGUAACUUUGCACAACUGUUCAAGACUCAAAACAUCUUCUACUGAAUUAUUUAAGGCCAGACAUCUGCUGAACAGUUCUAGACCAAAGACAUCUACUGAACAGUUCUAGACCAAAGACAUCUACUGAACAGUUCAGGACCAAGGACAUCUACUGAACUGUUCUAGACCAAAGA